AUGGAGACGUGGCGGGGGAGGCAGAUGCACAGCCACUCGUACAGGGUGCCGGAGCCGUUCCGCGGCGAGGUGGUGGUGGUGGUCGGGUGCGGGGAGAGCGGCAAAGACAUCGCCAUGGAGAUCCGCGGCGUGGCCAAGGAGGUGUACCUCGUCGCCGAGUCCAUGGAGGCGGUCACCCCAGGCUUGUCCAAGGUGCUGGCCAAGCACAGCGCCAACCUCCAUCUCCGACUUGAGGUGGAGCGUCUGUGCGAGGACGGGCGGGUGGCGUUCAAGGACGGCGGCGGCUCCAGCUCCAGCAUCGCCGCCGACACCGUCAUCUACUGCACGGGGUACAGCUACUCGUUCCCGUUCCUGGAGACGGGCGGGGCGGUGGCCGUGGACGACAACCGCGUGGGCCCGCUGUUCGAGCACGUGUUCCCGCCGUCCCUGGCGCCGUCGCUCUCCUUCGUCGGCGUGCCGAGAAAGAUCUUCGCGCCCCGCUUCUUCGAGACCCAGGCCCGGUGGGUGGCGCAGGUGCUGUCCGGCAGGCGGGCGCUGCCGGCGGAGGAGGAGAUGCUUCGGUCCGUGGAGGAGUUCUACCGCGCCAGGGAGGCCGCCGGCGUGCCCCGCAAGUACACCCACGAGAUCGGCAGGCGGGAUAUCACGUACAUGGACGAUUUCGGGGAGAAGUACUGCGACUUCCCUCGCGUGGAGGGGUGGAAGCACGAGCUGCUCGUGUCGUCCGCAGGGCUAUGCAGGAGUGGCAUCUCUCUUGUGUGCAAUGGCAAAGCUCGCCACCUAGUUGUUGCAGCUACACAGACGGUCGUCCCUGCCCAACUGGUCUCCAUCAACGAGCACAAUGAUUACAAAAUCACCAAUUAA